AUGUUUCGUUGGUACGAAAAGUCAGAAUUUGCUACGCUUACCUCUCCGACGUACCUCAAGGGCAAUCUUCCAUGUCGGCAAUUAUGGAGGAAGCCACAGGAGUACCUCACCACAUUCUCACGGGCAUUACAAGCUUGCACACCUGUAGUGUGGCGCAGAGAAUGUCCUGGGCGUCAAGGUGAGUUACAACCAGGCCCGAGGACAUGGCCCUAUUGCUUGGUUGGGUUUUUUUGA